UGGCAUACUAGUGUAUCUGGUGUAUCGUUGAUUCGUUUGUUCGUUUAAAACUGUAAGCCACCAUGGCAAAUAGAACGGUAAAAGAUGCCAAUAGUAUACAUGGAACAAAUCCCCAGUAUCUUGUCGAGAAGAUUAUACGGACACGCAUAUAUGAGUCCAAGUACUGGAAAGAGGAAUGCUUUGGACUUACAGCUGAGCUUGUCGUGGACAAAGCAAUGGAGCUAAAGUUUGUUGGUGGUGUAUAUGGAGGAAACAUCAAGCCUACUCCAUUCUUAUGUCUGACACUAAAGAUGCUGCAGAUUCAGCCUGAAAAGGACAUCAUUGUGGAAUUCAUCAAGAAUGAGGACUUCAAGUAUGUCCGUUUGCUUGGAGCGAUGUAUAUGCGCCUGACUGGAACUUCUGUGGAUUGCUACAAGUAUUUAGAACCAUUAUACAAUGACUACAGGAAAAUCAAAAGCCAGAAUAGAAAUGGAGAGUUUGAGUUGAUGCAUGUCGAUGAGUUCAUAGAUGAGCUUCUUCAUGCAGAGCGGAUGUGUGACAUCAUCCUUCCAAGACUUCAGAAGAGACAGGUUUUGGAGGAAGCUGAGCUACUGGAUACUCGUAUUAGUGCCCUGGAAGAAGACCUGGAUGAGGUGGAGACCAGUGAAGAGGAGGAUGAUGAAGAAGAGAAGCCAGAGAGAGUGCAGACACCAGAGCCACACAGAAGAAGUUACAGAGAUAUGGACCGGCCACGCAGGUCUCCAUCUCCACGCUACAGACGCAGCCGCUCACCCAGAAGACGGAGCAGAUCACCUAAAAGACGAAGCCCAUCACCCAGACGUGAUCGCGACCGGGACCGGGACCGCCACCGCAAAAGCAAAAGCAAAAGUCCCCGUAGACACCGCAGCAGAUCCAGGGACCGAAGGCAUCGCUCCAAAUCUCCAGGUCACCACAGAAGUCACCGGCAUCGCAGUCACUCCAAGUCCCCAGAAAGUCGGUCGAAGAAGAGUCACAAGAGAAGUCGAAGAGAAAAAGAGUGAUCUCAGUUUUUCUUUUUCUUUCUGUUUUUAUAGAUUUUUUUUGUGCUUUGAAUUAUAU